CCGCUGAGUCAGCAUAAAAAAUUCCAAAUUCUGUGAUUGUUGUGUCAUCCUUUACUGUACUGCUGCUCCUCUGAAAUGGCUGAGAUGGUUGAAGUAAAACCUGAUGAAGUAAAACCUGAUGAAGUGGAGGAGACAGAUCAACCUUUUGAGAAUGAGAAGAUCCUCAUGAUCAAAGAAGAUGAUGAAGAUGUGGACCUCACCCACUGUCGACUUCGUGCUCUCCCUCCUGUGAUUGGUCGCCUCACUCGUGUGGAGGUGCUCACACUACGUCAGAACCUCCUCUCAGAUGUGACCUCUGUGACAUCUCUGACAACCCUACGAGAGCUAGAUCUCUAUGACAACGAGCUAAAGGACAUACCUGACACCACUCAACUAACACAACUCACGUUUCUAGACCUUUCGUUCAACCACAUCUCUAGUAUUGAUCACCUUGAGACUCUGGUGGAUAUACAGAAGUUGUUCCUCAUACAGAACAAGCUAGCCAAGAUGGAGAAUCUGUCCACUCUCACCAACCUCACAAUGCUGGAGCUAGGGUCCAACAGGAUUAGAGCAAUAGAGGGGCUGGAUACACUGGUUAAUAUAGAGAGCCUGUUCAUUGGUAAGAACAAGAUAUCCAAGUUAGAGAACCUUGACAAGCUCACCAAGCUGAAACUAUUGAGUGCACAGAGCAACAGACUGACUGUUAUAGAAGGACUAGACUCUCUUCCCUUGCUGGAGGAGCUCUAUCUGAGUCAUAAUGGCAUCAAGGAGAUGCGUGGACUUGAGUCACUGAGCAACCUGCUCACUCUUGACCUUGCCUGCAACUUCAUCAAGAGGAUAGAGAACACCUCUCACCUCACAAAACUGGAGGAGUUCUGGUUCAAUGGUAACCAACUGGAAGUGUGGAGUGAUGUGGACCUCCUGCAACCUGCCAAGGGUCUCCAGACAGUAUACUUUGAAGGCAACCCCAUAGCCAAGGACACACAGUACCGACGCAAGCUCAAGCUCUCUCUACCCUCUCUCAGACAAAUAGACGCCACUCUAGUCCGUGCUACUGUGUGAUAACACUGCUUAUGUGUAUGGGAGGUUAUGAAUUUUAUACGUAUCAUGUUUUCCAUGUAACAUUUUCAACAAUUUAUAACGUAUUUUGAAUAUUAAUAUAAACGCCAUUUUAGUAUAA